UACUGCAUAUUUGGUCACACCGUCAACGUCGCCAAGCAAAUAUGCGGGGCCAGUCAACCGGGAAAAAUUCUGGUCACCAAUUCCGUUCGAACGACGGUCACGAAGCAUCAGAGCUCGUUGUUCGUAUUCCGGCAACAUCAACCAAUCGAGUGUGGAUCUAUGAAAAUGCUAACUCAUUUUCUGGAAAAGAACGAGAAGCUGAGUGUUUGGGAAAUCGUCGGCAUCGAGAAAGAUCCAACCCAAUCCAUUGAUGGUUACAAAGAGUUAAGCGAUACCGAAACCGACGAAGUAUGGGAGAAGGUGAAAGCGAAUGUGACACGAAAGCAGCAGGUGAUCGACGCCUUCCGUCCAGGACCAUCACGAAUUCGGCGAGCGCUGACAAGGUUACAGACUGUGAAGGGGAAGUUUCGAACCGCUCAAAGCAACGAUUCGGGAGUGUCGAUGGGCGAACCGAACGUCGAAUCCACUGUUUGUAGUGUUAUGUAG